CAGUCUCCUCUCUCUACUGCGCGCGCAACCAGCGCCUGGACAGCCGCCGACUCCGACCCCCUCCAAAUUCCUUAAACCCUAGCAGCAGCAGCAGCUCCCACUGCCACCGCUACGGCGCCGUCGACGACGAGGGGGAGCGCGGAGUAGAGGGGCUCCGGCGACCGCGUCAGAGAUGGCAGCGAGCCACAGCCACGGCGCGGGGACGCUCAAGUCCACCGCCAUCAACGGGGUCAAGCUCUACUCGCUCACCGGCAGCCGCUACGUCGCCCCCUGGGUAGUCGCCAAGAAGAAGCGCGCCCUCCGUAAGGACAAAGAGUAUCAGCGGAGGUUGGAUUUGAUCCAUGACCUGAGGUUCGAGACCGCCACCACUAAGAUCAAGCUGACGCCCGAUGACCAGUACGUGAUCGCCUCAGGUAUUUACCCCCCGCAAGUUAAAGUCUAUGAGUUGAAGGAGUUGUCGAUGAAGUUCGAGCGGCACUUGAUCUCAGAAAUUGUAACUUUCCAGAUCCUUGGUGAUGACUAUUCAAAACUUGCGUUUUUGUGUGCUGAUCGUUCUGUAAAUUUGCACGCCAAGUAUGGAAGCCAUUAUAGCUUGAGAAUUCCAAGAAUGGGAAGGGACAUGGCCUACGAUUGUUGGUCCUGCGACUUGCUAUGUGCUGCUUCAUCACCAGAUCUGUACAGGAUCAACUUAGAGCAGGGACGAUUCCUUGCUUCUCUUUCCUCCCAAUCACCAGCAAUAAAUGCGGUUACGCGAAGUAAGAUCCAUGGACUUGUUGCUUGUGGCGGUGAGGAUGGUGCGGUUGAGUGCUUUGAUAUGAGGAAAAAAACUUCUGUUGGCAGAAUUAAUAUUCCAGCUGUUUCUUCUGAAGAUUAUUAUCAGGAGGUCACGUCUUUGCAAUUUGAUGAAGAUCAGGGAUACCUUAUGGCAGUGGGAACCAGUACAGGAAAGAUAUCAAUAUAUGAUUUACGCAUGUCUUCUCCUCUGCGAGUUAAGGAUCACAUGUAUGGUAGCCCAAUAUUGAAUAUCAAGUGGCACCAGACACUUAAUUCUACUGAACCUAAACUGAUCACUGCUGAUAAGCACAUAGUGAGAGUCUGGGAUCCUAAUACAGGAAAUAACAUGACUAGCAUUGAACCAGAUGGUGGUGCUAUAAACGAUGUCUGCAUCUUCCGGAAUAGUGGUUUAAUGCUAUUAGCUCUGGACAAUAGCCAGAUACCUGCCCACUUCAUUCCUGCACUUGGCCCUGCUCCAAAGUGGUGCUCACAUCUUGAUAACCUAACUGAGGAGAUGGAAGAGAAACCAGAUACAACACUGUUUGAUGAGUACAAGUUCUUGACUAAAGAAGAGAUGGAGCGACUGAACCUUACUCAAUACAUUGGCAGUAGUGCUGUAAGAGCAUAUUUACAUGGAUUUGUCGUACGUUAUGAACUAUACAAGAAGCAACGGGCAGAAGUUGCUCCUGUUGAGUACGAGACAAUUAAAGAAGAGAUCAAGAAAAAGAAAAUAGAAGCUCAGAGAAAAUCUCGUAUAACGCAAGUCGUCAAAAUACCGAAGGUUAACAGGCAUAUUAUGGACAGUAUAAUGGAAGAUGAAAUGGAUCUUGAUGCGGAGAAUGUUGAUAAAUCAAGUAUUAAGAAGAAGAAAAGAAAACUAGAACUCAAUAAGGCGAUUUUGCAUGAUGAACGGUUCAAACCAAUGUUUGAGGAUAAGGAUUUUGAAAUUGAUGAAGAAUCAAAAGAAUAUCUUGCACUUCAUCCUCAAGCAGCUACAAAGGAGCCUCACCUAGUUGAAGAACAUUUUGAUAGUGUUAGUGAGGAUGAUCAACAAUCUGAUGGUAAUGCAUCUGAUGCUUCAGCGGAAUCUGACAGUGAUGAUGGCAUUCAUAAUUCAAAGCGUAUAAGGUUAUAUGAGGUCAAGGAUGAACACCAUGCUGAAGCAUUUGUGAAUAGUGUCUCUUUAUCUAACGAGGAGGCUGUUCCCCUUGGGGAUAGGAUAGCUGCCUUGGAAAGGAAACAGAACUCGAAAGCACUUGAUGCGGUCAAGUAUGGGCCUGGUGGCUCACGGGAGAUUUCAUUUAUCUCUAAAAGCCGAAGAAGGCACAAGGAAGAAUCGUCUAGCGACGAUGAACCCAAGGGUGUCAAAAAGAGAGGUGUACAGCCCCUGGGUUUGAAGCAGGGAAAAGCCGAGUUCUAUAUGUUUGGUGGAAAUCGUGGCCGAGGGAGAGGCGGUGGUGGCCGAGGGAGAGGCGGUCGAGGAAGAGGUGGAGGGAGGGGUAGGGGCAGGGGCAGGGGCAGAGGAUGAAAGGCUACCACAUUGAACCCGUUCCUGCCUUUGCAGGGUUUUGGCAAACUUUAAAGAUGGGGACAUUUCCCUGGGAAUACAUUUAACUGGACAAAAGCUCCAGGAUGUCGUAAUCCAUUGCAAGAGUGAUGCCAAUGGGAUGGAUCCUGAACAUAGGACGAGUAGAAAGUGUGUUCCUUCACAACAUACUAGGCAAGAGCUAGAGUAGCGAGGAUGAUUGCUCCAAAAUUUUUGGGGAGAGAAAUUUGUUAGAUAAUAUCAUAUCUCCUAUGGUCUAUCUGGUAUUCUUGUAACAGAUUGUUGCCUCAAAAAGUAGAGACGCCAUGGCGACCUUGCUGUGUAUUCUAAAUUGUUGCUUUGGCAAAAGUUUGCUGGAUGUCUCUGGGGAUGAUAAAACAUUUUUGUAGGAGGGAACAACCUGGCAUUUUGAUUUUUAAGUACUGAAAGCUCUCCAAA